CAAUCUGACGUCAUCUUUGGUUAUUGACAGUCCAUUUCUCCGAGAAAAACUUGAUAAUUUCUGGUAUAAAAGAAAUGGUUUGUAAAAUUUAACGAGUUAUUAUUGAAAAUAGACACCUUGGGUUGAAGCAUGGCGGCUGAAUCCCCAAGACGAAGUUCUAAAUAUAAUUGCACAGUCGUUAGACCACAACCCUACAGUGAUAAAUCUGUUGUUGAAAGUGUGGUUGAUUUUAUAUCCGAUGUCGUACCUCAAGUACAGGCAUACAGCGGAAACCAGAGAAACGAUGACAAAGAGAAGAUAACUUGGGUUAAAUUUGAAAGAUGUGAUAUAAAUGAUAUAACUUGUAACCCUAAUUUAUAUGGUGGUGAACAGAAAAUCUUACCCUUGCUUCUAAUCCUAGGUUAUAAUAAUGGUGUACAAAUCUGGAACAUUACGAGUAAUGGAGAUGGCCAAGAGAUAUUAUCAUUACGACAAGGUCCAGUUAGAAUAUUGAAAGUUUUACCUACCCCAGAUAUAGGAAAUUGUGAUAAUGAAAAAUUUGCAUCGAAAAGGCCCCUGAUAGCAGUUUGUGAUUCGUCAAGUGCUGGACAGCCAUUUUGUUCUGUUAAGUUUGUAUCUUUACGGAGUGGUGAUGAAGUUCACAGUGUUCCCUUUAAAACCCUACCUGUACAUAAUAUAGAGGCAACUAAAAGGUAUAUUGCUGUUGUCUUUCAAGAGAAGAUUGCUGUUUUUGAUGCCUGGAAUUUACAGGAAUUAUUUAGAGUUUCUGGUUGUUACCCUGAUUCUGGUUUAAAGAUCAAUCCCAUAGCUCUCGGUACAAGAUGGCUGGCUUAUGCUGAUAGGCGGUUAGUAGCAUAUCAUCAGUCAUGUGGGGGUAUGUCAGGAGAUGGAUCACAGUCCUACGCAGCUACAGUCAUCAGUGCUGCCAAGAAAUUUGGUGUUUUGAAUAGAGGAGCUAUAAAAGGUUUAACGAUGUUUGGUGAAGCUAUGGUUAGCAGUGUAACAGGAAACAAACCAUCUCCUCCAACGAAACGUAUGGAAAUGACCCAACCCUUAGAUAACGGCAAUCAUCCUGGUAUCGUGUCGGUUGUAGAUAUACCGAAUAUUAAAGAUAAACAGUUUUCUGUGACUGAAGAUCAAGAAUGUGAUGGAUUAAUUGCUCAUUUCCACGCCCAUGCUAACGAGCCGUUGGCAGCCAUGGCAUUUGAUGCUAGUGGAACGUUGUUGAUUACUGCCUGUAAAUUGGGACAUAAUUUUCACCUGUUCCGUUUGAUGGCUCAUCCUUGUAGUUCAUCUCUCGGAGCUGUUCAUCAUCUGUACACUCUACACCGUGGUGAGACAACGGCUAAAGUUGUUGAUAUGACGUUUACUACAGAUAGUCGAUGGUUAGCUGUUAGUACACAUAGAGGUACAACUCAUGUGUUCCCUAUUACACCCUACGGAGGUCAAGUAAGUGUAAGAACUCACUGUCAUCCCCGUGUAGUAAAUCGUGUGAGUAGAUUUCAGAAGAGUGCUGGUUUAGGUGACAUAGAUGGUGCUGCUGGUCGACGUAGCCCUGUAUUAUCUGGUAGUCCAGGCUCAUCAGGUCACGAACAUUAUCCCAGUUUGAUUCGGCAGAACGCUCUAAAUAACAACAUGGGUAAUCCCCGACUUCCACCCUAUCCACAUCCUAGUAACGUAUAUCCUCUCGCCCAGCUUAAACAGCACCUGGCCCUCCCCGCUUUAACAAGUGGUAUGAGCACAACUAGUAGACAGCAGAGUCCAUCUCAUUCAGCAGGGGGUACAGAGAAUAUCUUCAAUGUAUCAGCAUAUUUUGCUCCAUCAAGACAUUAUGUUGCCUCAUCAAAUUUACCUGUUGAUCGUAGAGAAGGUAAAAAGGUUGUAGAUUCAUUGUUUGUGAUUGGUCAGAAUGGAACAUUGAUAGAAUAUUCCCUGGAACCUCAUCCUAAAUUAACGACAGAGAAACCGACAGAUGACUCUCCCCUUGAUCUCACAUGUACAGGAGUUAUACAGUGGCAGUUACAAAGAGCCAAAAAUUCCCAGGAAGUUAAAACACCAUUACCUAGCAACAGUCCGUUACUAUUAGCAACUGAUGCUGUGAUGACACAGCAACCAACACUUUCACCAGAUGAAUUAGCCCCAGUAUCUCGUCAUGGAUCUAAAGAUAGUUUAUCAUCAGAUCAUAGUAGUACGAGUAAAGAUGAUCUCGAUACCCAAUGGUUAUCACAGGUUGAGAUAAUCACACAUGUGGGACCUCAUCGGAGGUUGUGGAUGGGUCCACAAUUCUCGUUCAAAACUAUCCAAAAUGCUCAGAAUACGACUGUUGUGUCAUCGACAUCAUCGUCUUUAUUUUCUGGCAGUCCUGAUCUCCACAGCUCACCAAUGGAUAUGUUUGUUGAUGAUUGUGAUCUUGAGAGUCUCAAGCUUCAACCAACACGAUCUAGUCCUGUUGCUAUGCCAACAGCUCGUCCUGCCUAUAGAAGAGCAUCUGCUACAGAAUAUGCUCAUUCACCUAAUCCUCAUGUUUCUCCACUACUUAUUGAAGCAGGCAGUUUCGACCAGUCACCUAAUCUGAAUGAUGUGUUAUGUGAUUGGGCGGAGUCUAGUAUGUCAAGACAGCCCCGUAGUAGUGAAGAAGAAGAAGAUCGACUGAGAGAAACUUUAGCUGAUGCGAUGGUGGAAUCUCCGUUAAAAGAUUGUGGACCAACUAGUAUUAUCAUGAGAGAAGAUGUUUUCCACCAUGGUAGUAACGAAACAUUGAGUACCAGUUCUGGAUCUAGUGGCAGUAAUCUACCGUCACGUGGUAACGAUGACUCCGUCUUCUCCAGUGCGGUUGGAGGAUCCGAUCUCGUCGGAUGAGGAUCAAAGGUGGAAAUGACAGUCUCCACAUAAAUCCGAGCUUGGUUGAAUUGUAAUAACCACAUCAUCAAUUCCUAACAAAAUCAACCUCAAGUUGGGUGACAUGACUGACAUGAGAUUCAGUCAUGUCUAGAUGCCAUCUUUGUUUUAGUCACUUCUCAAACUAGUGGGCUUUUUACAAAAUCCAGUGUUUGGCCCACUCUUUGUAGAAAAAUAUUUUAUUUAAUUCAAAUACUAAAAUUUUAAAAAUCUAUUUUAUCAGAAUGAAUGUAUUGCAGUAAUAAUUUGGGUCACAGACCAAUAAUUACAAGAUUGAAUCAAUUAGAAUAUAUGUUAUGCACAAUUUUACUAUUUUAAACUAUUUUAAUUCAUGACAUUCAUUACAUAAUUAUUAGCCAUUGAUAUUUUAUAUUGCCUAUAGAAGUUCAGAUUUAUAUAUGAGAAAAAGGUUGAAAUAUGCAUACCAUAGUCCACCAUACUUGAUACCACUUUGCAUUUGAAUAGUUCACAUAGUAUGUUUACUAUUCUAGAAAACCUGAUACCACUUCUCUUUGAAUAGUUCCAAAGUAUGUUUACCAUUUGAAUAAUUCAUAUAGUAUGUUUACCAUUUGAAUAAUUCACAUAGUAUGUUUACCAUUUGAAUAGUUCACAUAGUUUGCUUACCGUUUGAAUAGUUCACACUGUAUGUUUACCAUUUGAAUAGUUCACAUAGUAUUUUUAACAUUUGAAUAGGUCACAUAGUAUGUUUACCAUUUGAAUAGUUCACAUAGUAUGCUUACUCUUUCUUGAACACUUGGUACCACUUCAUAUAGCAGGAUUACCCUUAAUAGAACACCUCAUACCACUUCUCAUUUGAGAGUUCUUAAAGCAUGGUUACCCUUAGAACACCUGAUGCUACUUCUCUUUCGAAGAGUUCACAUAGUAUUGCUUACUCUUUCAAAGAGUUCACAUUAUUAACAAAGUUAUGUGUCUUGUACAUAAUAAUAUGUGAAAAAAAAUAUUAAUAGGGUUAGGUAUUUGUCUUGAACGUAAUGACAACAAAAUAUGUAAAAAUGACAAAAUAUUUGCAAGAAAUAAAUCUGGUAUGUGUUCUUUCUUAAAGAUACAUUAUGGGAGAUUAUAUAACGAGUUGGCAGUUCUCACUAUAAUAGUUAAAACUAGAUAAUGUAAAGGCAAUUUGCUGAAAAUUUCAGUCAAAUUGAUUCAUUAUGAACCAAGAAAUAAGCGAACGAAAGUUCUGCAUAGCCUCGGUCAUCAUUACUAAAGUCGGUACGACAAAAAUCAUAGUCUCGAUUAUCCAUUUAAUCGUUAAAUCGAGAAGGAAAGUUAUGCAGCAAAUCAGAUCAUAAUCCAACAAUUAUCGCAGACUAGCGUUGACAUCGAGAGUUGAUUAUGGUCUGGAUAUGUUAAUGAAUGUCUAAUUAAUAAUUUAGAUAACAUUUCAGGCCUAAAGAAAGACCUACAAUAGGCAGAUUUAGCUCUUGCAUAAUGUAUGUUUAAAUAAAUACAACAAAAAUUUAUUUCAUUGUUUAUUAGUUGAUUGUAACUAUAACAUUGAAUUUUAUACUGAUAAUCUGCAAUGUUGGGUUUCCAUUGUCAAAUUUAACCAGAAACUAGGUAAUGUUCAUAUUCUUAGGAAGAUGCUUUAAAAAGAAAUUCUUAGGCUCAGCCAAUUCAAUAAAAUUAGAAAUCUAUGAGUGGCCAAUUCAAGUUACAAUCCAUAUGAAACUUUAGACAAUUGCGCCUCGGUUGACACACUUCGCAAUUUGAUAUCAUAGAAACAUAUUUAUGUAUUUUUGAUAUAACAUAACAUUUCCAAUAUUUGCUGCUAUGACGUCAUGGUCCGUUCCAUGUCCUUGUUUAUCAAAAAGUUAAUCUGGAUAAAGUUGGUGAUGUAAAUCUAUGGAAACAUUUAGGCGACUUCCAACUUCAGUGUUUAAUUCAAUAGUUACCCAGCAUGCUUCCCAUAAUAUAUGGAGCGCUAACUACUAUGUUAAAUAUGUUAUGGCCAAUUCCGGAGGACAUUAGGCUAAUUGUGAAUACCAUUUCCAUAUGAAAAAUUCAUCUACCCUAAUUCUUAUUGUGUCUAAUUGUGGUAGGAAUUUUAUGAACUUACCAUCCAGCCAGAAAAUAGACUUAGACCAACAGAAAGGUCAUGGUCAUUAUUCUAUAUUGAAUUUAUUUAUUAAGAAGUUGAACAAACAUAAACUUACCUAUUAUUUUGAUUGUAUAUAGAUUUCAAUUUGUUUUUCAAUUUUACUUAUAUUCUUAAAAUGUAUAUAAAUAUGUAUAAUGUUUUAUUAUGUCAUUACAUUGCCUGGCAACCUAUAUUCUAUUUUCUUGUUAUAAUGUCAUUUCUCUGUCUGUUUUUCAAACUGCCUAUUUCUUAGUCUCAUCUCAUGGGGUAUUUUCAAAAUGGCACACCCAGACUAAAAAGAACAGACAAAACCAAACCAAAAAUAUUUUUUUUGUAAAUUAAAUUUCAAUGAAAUAAUAAGCUGAUUCUUUUGUCUAAUUUUUCUUAUUUAUGUUAUAAAGUCAUUUGAGGGAUUUUGUGAAAGCUGAAUCUCGUAAGGAAAUGCCAGUCCAAAUGUGGCUCAAUUCCAUUCAUUAUUUAGAAAGAUGUAAUGAAUUUAAAUUCUGUCAACAUUCGACGUCCACUGUAGACGAUAUAAACGGGUGAUUGUCAAAUUAAAUGUUAAACAGGCAUUAUGUAAGAUUUAGAUAAAGAGCAGUAUUUCUUAAAAUUUCGAUUGUUCGAUUGUAUCUUAGUUUAAGUUUUCGUGAAUAAGGGCCCUGGCCAUUCUCGCUAUAAUAUUUCAUUCAAAUUACGUUAUUUUGAGCAAAGUAAUCAGUGGUCGUAGUUUUGACAAGCUGUGUGUAUUUUGGCCGUACUGGUCAUUCGAGUCUAGCCUCGUUUCUCCAUUUUUAAAUUAAAUCAUUAAAUGGCCGUCCCGUUCUAAUCAACUUAAAAUCGGAGCCGUCCGAUGGCAUCGAGAGUUGAUUCCUGCAGUAGGCAGAUUUAGCGGUUACAUAAUGCCUGUUUAAAUAACGAAUAUGAGUAUAUUUUAGCGUAGGCGUAGUAUAUAUUUCCUAUUUUCCGAAAAUACAAAUGCUGCACAGAGAUAUUGUUGUAGGCCGUUUAAUGAAUGGAGUUCGCACACAGUUUUAAAAUGUAUUUUAUGUUUGAAAUGCGCUUCCAUUUUGUGUUUUAAUACAACAUUUAAAUUAUUUAACACAAAUUACUGGAUUUAUUACAUGCAACGUUUGGCCGAGGAUGCUAUCAUCCUUAUCAACCAUUUGCUUGAUAAAGACGAGAGUAUCCUCUUCGAAAUUGCUUGCUAAAGACGGGGUAUCCAUGUCGAAACGUUGCAUAGUAAGAAAUUGCGUAAUUGUGUUUUCAUAAAAAGUGUAGGCUGAACAUAGAUGACUUUAUACGCACAACGGUAUCAUACCGUGGACAUUAUAAGGUCCAUGGUCAUACAAGACACACUAUCAAAUCUUUUGGUAUCGACUAUCUUGGAAAUAACGUUACCCGUUAUAUUUACUACUCGAAAACUCGAGUUUCAAAAUAACUUUAGAGCUUCAAAAUUGAAACUAAGUUUCGAGCUUCAAGAUUCGAAAUGUUGUUUCUAGCUUCAAGAUUCGAAAUAUUGGUAAAUGUACUGUACUCCAUACACGGUGCGUGUUGGCGCAUGCACUGUAGUGUAAAUGUCUUGUUCAGUGCGUGUUGGUAUAUCUAUGACAAUAACCUGCUCUAUUGGGUGCGUGUUAGUAUAUGUAUAUGACCUGUCUCGUUUAAUGCGUGUUGGUAUAUGUACUGCAAUGACCUGCCCCGUUUGAUGCGUGUUGCUAUAUGUACUGUAAUGACCUGCCCCGUUAUACCCCGCAGAACGACCGACACCUCGUUACGGUAAAAUGACACUUUUAUUAUUAUGAUGCCUAUGUGUGAUGAAGACGGCGAUGAUUAUGGUGACCGUGGCAUUCAUAGGAUGUCCAGUUACAUUUGAAACCUGUCGGAACAGUGCGCGGUAUUGGAAUAGGCAAUAAUCGGACCAGUAUUUCGUCGGAAUAAUAACCAACAUGAUCUUGCUUUUUUAGGAUAAUUUUUCUUGUACGGUAGAUCUAAGCCUGCCUUUUGAUAUUAUAUUUGAAAUAAAAACGGUUGUUUAAUUAUUAUUAUUCAAAUUUAAUAAAAUCCUGUGAUACACA